UUAUCUGUGCAAGAUGGCAGCGUGCUUGGAGCGUAGCGUCUGCGUUUUUAGGAGCUUGGCUGUGUGAGUGGUUUGGGAUUCUAGGCUUUUGCAGGCCCAUCCACACACUCUGUCCGGCUACUACAUUGGCCUACGAGAUGGCUCUAAGCAAAUCAAUGCAUGCAAGAAAUAGAUACAAGGACAAGCCACCUGACUUCGCAUAUCUGGCAUCUAAAUAUCCAGAUUUUAAGCAGCAUAUUCAGAUAAAUCUGAAUGGGAGAGUAAGUCUUAAUUUCAAAGACCCCGAAGCAGUCAGAGCUCUGACUUGUACUCUCCUGAGAGAAGACUUUGGACUUUCUAUUGAUAUUCCUUUGGAGAGACUAAUUCCCACAGUCCCCUUGAGACUUAACUACAUUCACUGGGUAGAAGAUCUGAUUGGUCACCAGGAUUCUGACCAAACUACUCUCCGAAGAGGAAUUGACAUAGGUACCGGGGCAUCCUGCAUCUAUCCCUUACUUGGAGCAACCUUAAAUGGCUGGUACUUCCUGGCAACAGAAGUGGAUGACAUGUGCUUCAAUUAUGCCAAAAAAAAUGUAGAACAGAAUAACCUGUCUGAUCUAAUUAAAGUGGUGAAAGUGCCGCAGAAGACACUCCUGAUGGAUGCGCUUAAGGAAGAGUCUGAGAUAGUCUAUGACUUCUGUAUGUGCAAUCCUCCCUUUUUUGCCAACCAACUGGAAGCCAAGGGUGUAAACUCUCGGAACUCUCGAAGACCGCCACCUAGUUCUGUAAAUACAGGAGGCAUCACAGAAAUCAUGGCAGAAGGAGGUGAACUAGAGUUUGUCAAAAGGAUCAUCCAUGACAGUUUGCAACUUAAAAAAAGAUUAAGGUGGUAUAGCUGUAUGCUGGGAAAGAAGUGCAGUCUGGCUCCACUGAAGGAAGAGCUUAGAGUCCAGGGGGUUCCUAAAGUCACCUUCACGGAGUUUUGUCAGGGUCGGACAAUGAGAUGGGCCUUAGCGUGGAGUUUUUAUGAUGAUGUCACAGUACCGUCACCUCCAAGUAAACGAAGAAAAUUAGAAAAGCCAAGGAAACCCAUUACUUUUAUAGUGUUGGAGUCUGUGAUGAAAGAAUUAUCUCUCAAAGCCUCGUCUCUGGGCUCUGAGGCAGCGGAAGGCAUAGUGGGUGUAAUGACAUGGAUAGAGAAAAUCCUCACUGAUCUGAAGGUGCAACAUAAGAGAAUUCCCUGUGGAAGAGAAGAAGUUAGCCUUUUCCUGACAGCCAUAGAGAACUCUUGGAUUCAUUUAAGGCGGAAGAGAAGAGAGCGAGUGAGGCAGCUGCGGGAGGUGCCUCGGGCUCCUGAGGACGUCAUUUUAGCCUUGGAAGAGAGGAAGUCCACUCCCAAAGAGCUGAGUAGUGGCCAAGACGGGGCCCAUCGCCCCCAAGAGAGUGCCUUGUGUGGGCUCGAUGUGCCAGAAGGCGAGUCUGCUGCUGAUGGUAGCCAUUGCCUCAGCCAGAAGUUACUGUGCCAGGAGGAAACUCCAGAAGCCAUGGAGGAUGAAAGGGAUGAGGAGAGGGGAGGGAUGGAGCUCAUGGAAAGUUGUAAAGGCUCCAGCAAUGGAGCCCAGGACGGAGAGGCUUCUGAGAAGGGCGAUCACCUGGAUGGAGCGGCCGGACAUUACCUGUUUAAAUGUUUAAUCAACAUUAAGAAGGAAGUAGACGAUGCCUUAGUUGAAAUGCACUGGGUUGAGGGCCAGAAUAGGGAUUUGAUGAACCAACUUUGCACCUACAUACGUAACCAAAUUUUGAGGCUUGUUGCUAGUUAAUUUGUAAUUUCUUCUAUGGUUAGAAAAGUGUCUGUAUGUGGCUAGGGAUAUGGUGCAAUGGCCUUAUGUGCUUAGUAUCCAGAAGUUACCCUGUGUUGAGUCCCUUAGAUCUAACAUCAUUAUAAGAAAAAAAAAAACAAUAUAAAAUAGCUUGCUUUGGAGGUAGAGCUUAUUGGGAGGCCAGCAGAAUUUCACCACUGGUCCAUUAGUGACACCAUGUGGAAUCAUCUUACAAAGCACAAAUUUAGCUGGAUGUGCUCUGUGGUACUUAUAAUCCCACUACUUGGAGGCUAAGGCAGGAAGAUUGCUUGGGUGUAAGGUCAGUUUAUGCUACAGAGACAGACACUUGUCUAAAUAGAAAGAAGAAAAAAGGAAAGCAGAAAUGAAUCCCUUUUUAAUCCUUCUCUCUUAAGAGCAGAUAAGCCUAGGAGGAAUAGAUCUUACUCCAGCCGUUCAUCUCAGCCAAAGGCCAAAGGGGCUCUGGUGAUGUCUGCUGUGGGUCAGUCUGCCUAGAACAUGUCUGUCACUAAGGGUUGCUUGGUGAGGAGGGUAGCAGUGUUCUCUGUGGAGGCAGUACAGCAGAGCAGAGGCUCUGCUCAUAGCUGCCCUCAUCACACCUUUCUCAAGGAACCAGAAUUGACUGAGCAGGCCCCCAGAAAGGAGCUAGCCUGGUGACAGGUGGCCAGAGUGUCAGGGAGAGAGACAUCUUAGUCAAGCCAAGGAGAGGGCCUGUCUGGGGAACACACGGGAAGCUGCUCGGUCAUUGCUCACUGCUGUUCUGACCGUGCCUACUUCAGAACCAGAGUUGAGGAAGCAGAACUCUGAGAUAUAGCUGAGGCACAACAAAAUGUAUCUGCCAGCCCACCGCCAGCAUGGUUUUGUAACAGUUGUAUUGCUUUUUUUUAAAAUGUGAAGUGGAAUGUUUUGUUUUUUAAUAUAAGACUUAAUUGAAAACUAUUGAUCCUGUUUGAAUCCUGGAAUUGGAGAAGUACUUUCUUCGAUUUAAGUUGGGUAAAUGGUUAAUGUUA